GUGUUAACACACUUACAGUUGUAGUGGAUCUGUGGUGUGGAACUGUGGUGGAGGUGCGCUGUGGUGCUGUCUCGUACAUGUGCAGGACUCAAAGCAACACAGGACUAGCUUUACUCAGGUCUAUCUCUCCGUCCCAGGUGACUGUGCUGGCUGCUUCGCAAUAUUUGUUUUGGUGAACGAAUUAUUGUGGAUUUAAUCGCGUUUUUCUCGUCAAGGAAUCGGGAACAGAACGACAGUGCUUCUAAGUGACAAUUGAAAAAGUGUUGUGGAUGUGAUAGUGACAAGACCAUGGUGAUACACUGUUCCAAGACCGUGAAAUAAUUGUGUGAAACAUAAACGAAUGAGAAGUAUUGCGUGCGGCUCGUAGACCACGCAAAGUUAGAAUGGUUCAGAGUGUCGACAUGCCUCUAUUUUAUUACAAUAGAAUAAACACGAUGACGGACGAGCUCCUGUCACUUAAGUGGAAUAAUCACAAGUCCACUUUCGCUGAUAUCCUCACAAUACUCAGGGACCAGGAAGUAUUCAUCGAUGUGACACUAGCUUGUGGAGGGAAGCAGUACCCAGCUCACAAAUUUGUGCUAUCAACAUGUAGUGAUUAUUUUAAAGAAAUGUUCACAAAAAAUCCUUGCAAACAUCCAAUAGUAUUUAUGAAAGAUGUGUCUGCCAGAGACUUGGAGGCAUUACUAGAUUUUAUGUAUCGAGGAGAAGUUAACGUACCUCAUCACAAUUUAGCGUCACUAAUCAAGACUGCAGAAGGGUUACAAGUCAAGGGCUUAGCUGUGCCAGAUGAUCCCAUUCAGCUCAGAAGAGCAGACAGAUCAUCAAGAGAAGUCCCCACCCCCAGACCACCACCUGAACCUUCAGUGAGCCCACCACCAAAUAGAAAGCGUAUGAGGGACUCUGAUUACAUGUCAGUUGGACCUCUUGGCCUUAUGUAUAAAAUGUCACCCCAAGAACCUAAUAGCCCAUAUGACCUGUCACAAAAAUCCUCCUCAUCUUCGGUGUCACAGUCAGAUAACGUCCAGAGCGAAUGCACUCAGUCUGUAUCUCCUGACCAAGCCCACAAUGUUUCUAAUAAAGAAAAUUCUCCAGACGACAAUAAGCAAGUAUCAAGUACUCCUCAGCCACCACGCACACCACAACCAACUUGUUCUCCCAUGCCUCUAUCCUCUUCUGAAGUCAACUGUCAAGAAAAGCCACGUGAAGAAUCUGACCCUAUGCCUGGGCCUUCUUGGAGGCCUGGAUCAGCUAAACCUGAAGAAGAAUUGGUUGUGAAAGAAGAUAUCUCCAUAGAAGAGGAGGAGGAAGACUGGGGGCUUGAGAGUGGGGCAGGGAGUGAAGUGGGAGACGUUGGUGAGCACUCACAGUCAGACUUACUCCCCCCACACUCCUGUACUAACUCUAGUCUUGCCUCCUCCUUAGACCCAGCGCUGAAGGACUUGUCAGCAAAGUCAUCCAAGUCACUGAAACAAGAAGAGUCUGGUAUGAUGAGUCCUCAAGGGCAUAGUGGCUUACCUCAUCACCAUCCACCGGGACCCCUUUCUGGCUCCAUGCUGCUACCCCCUGGAUCCAUCUGGCCGCAGGAUACCAAGGUUAAUAUUGAAGAGAUUCUACCAUGUCCUAUUUGUGGCAAACAAUUUCCUAAGAAACGGAAGUCAAACUUGCAAGUGCACCUAAGGACACAUACUGGGGAAAGGCCUUUUAAGUGCCAACAGUGUGGUCGAGGCUUCAAGCAGAAAGCACACCUAGAAAAGCAUCAAGAAAAGUCCUGCCAUGUGUUGUCAGAGUAUGUGCCUUAUCCGUUUUUUCCGAAGAUCUGAGCAAUGGGGUUUCCCCAUGUGCUCAGUACCAUGAUAUAAGAGGCUCAUGCUCACCGUGCCCUAGCGACUCUACCUCAGUCAAGCUGCCUCAGCAGACCCCGGGCCCAUGCCAGAGGGGUGGCAAUUCCACAUCCUCAUCUUCGCCACAUCUGUCCCCAGACUUUUCAAAUGGGGUGGCAGUUCUACAUCCCGGUUGAGCAUAUGCAUUACUCCAUUCUUCUAAAUCAAUAAUGUGAUUGUUGUCUGUGACUGCAACUAAGUUGCCUUCUGUUAUCUAAGUAGGGGUUUUGUCACUGACUGAGAAAAUAUACAGCUUUAAACUGCUCAUUUAUAGAGCAUCCUGUGAAUCUGUUCAAUGCGAGUUACAAUUAACUACUUGUAAGUAAUCAAUAUGCCUAUCUGAACUUUCUUGCUACAUUAUGUAAACACGGGUACAACCGUCCGAUAUUAGUUUUUUAUUCAUGUAUAUGUACAAUUAUUAAUGAACCCAGUGUUAUCUGAGUUAUCAUAGCUGCUUGCAGCAUUUAUAUUUGUAUCUUACGUGUAUAUACAUAAAUAUAUAUACCAUGUGUGUACAGAGAGCAUUAAAACAUAAAAUUUGGAUCUUUUAGAUUUAGUUUCAGAUAUAGUUAGUGCCCUGCAAUGGAUUUCAUCAAUUCCCUUCAUAAACUUACCCAUUCAUUUCAUCUUUCCAUUUUCAUAUUAACUGUGUUAUAUGUAUAUAUAAGAGUUUAUGUGUUGUAUAUUGAAAAUGUAAAAGCAUAGAAAUUCCACAAAAUUUAAUUAAGCCAAUAUUAUAGUAUAGGUAUGUAUAAAGUCAUCUUCUGUUUACUAUAAUUGUAAUAUAAUAGUUUUAUAAUAUAAAGUUUCAUGUAAUUGUUAACUGGGCAUUCAUUAAUUACUCACAGUCAGUGUUCUCUGUUUCUCUGAUUCCAAAGUAAAUGUGUAGGUAAUGAAAUGUAAAUUUAUCAGAUACCCAAGAUUUGGAAUUUGAUACACAUAGUAUAUUAUAUUCUGAAGCUGUUAGUCCUUUGUGCAUCAAUAAAAAUUAUAUCUUUGGUGUCUUCCUUAGCAAUAGGAGACACUGCUGUUCAAGUAUAGUGAUAUGUGCUUUCAUAUUUACAGUUCAGUACAUUCCCAAAAUAGACUUCAGUAGAGUUACUGAAGAAAAAGUAAUUUUAAUUAUGUACAGCAUUAGUUUAUAGAUUUAAAAUAUUAUUUGAUAUGAAUUAUAUAUUGAUCAUGUAUGACAGUCCAAAAGUAUAUUUAAGAAAAAUAAAAAAAAAAAUUAAAAAAAUAUAUAUACAAUAUAUUGGUACAUAUUUGAUGCAGAAUGGGAGAGUUAAAAAAAAACCCUGCGCAGGGCACUGGCAGCAGCACUUUAACAUAGCCUUUGGAUGAUAUUGUUAAUCAUGACCAGAAGAAUGUGUACCUUUUCAUUACUUAGUUGUCAGAGUGAUUAGUUCUCCUUGUCAAUGUGAUAUAUUUUUUUAACUGCCAUGUCUGUGAACAAGAGAAAAAAAAUCAUUACCACUUUUUUUAUGAAAAAUAUUUGUUUGUCUCAUUUCUUUGGCAAUGAUUAAGAAUUACCCUUUAUUCAUCUAUGGUUGAGGUCUUGUAAAUCUGUAAAUAGAUUAAUAGUCAUUAUUUUAGUAUUCUUUACCUAUAUGCACCCUUUAUCAAGAAAUUUGUCUUAUCCAUGAAAUAAAACACUAUUUUCUAA